AUGUGGCUUACCUUAAGAGAAAAUUAUCUGCUUCAUGAAGCCACUGCUUCUGAAAAGGUCACUUAUGAAGACUUUUCCCAAAUUGCUUCUCUAUGUACAGAAAAAAUGGCUGAAAGAAAUGGAGGCUUAUAUCAGAGCUGCAUUUGUGAUUCCAGUAGGCGAGGUCCUUACAUUAACUGGUUUUCACUAGCAUCUGCACAACGAAUAUGUGAUACGUUUCUUGACCUUGAUAAAGAUGGAAAUAGCACGUUAGACCAAGAGGAGCUUCAAGGAUAUUCAAAUGGGACGUUGACAAUAUUUUUAUUGAGAGAGGUUAGAAUGGAGAAAUUAGGAGAUAGAAUUGCAUCGUUUCAACAGAUAUGGGAACCAUUAGGAUAUCAUGACUGCAAAAUGCCCAGAGGCCAAAAGGAAGAACAAAAACAGAGAUGUAAAUAGACAAGAGUCAAAACCAUACAUAGUCAUUCGAUUUCUUUCUUUAUUCCACUACCCUUUCCAUUUUGUUAAAGCCACCACUUCCACUAAAAAAAAUUCAAAAUGACCAAAAUACCCCUACCUUAAACCUAAAAAACACUGAUACUUUGUUAGGUGAUGACUAAAAGGACAAAUGUCGUUGGAAUGAAGCACUUUUGUGGGAGACGGUUCAAUGCUUACAAGGACUACAGGGGAUUUAGGAGGCCAUAUGUAUCUCCUUAUUUAUGUUCCCUGUAUGGAUGCGAGCUAGCUUCUCAUAUUUCACUUCAACAAACAACAACCUACUUUAACGUCCUGCAGGUGCUUAUCGCCUACCUCUGUGAGGUAGGAGAUUUCAUGGAAGCAGUCCAAACCAGAAUUGAAGAAGGAUUUGCCGCAGAAGACAAAACAGAGUACACUAACGUGAGUUAUGAAAUUCUGAAAAACAUACUUGAAGAGGCCAAAGUUGAGGACCUCUCCAUGCAAGACAAUAUCUCCUUUAUGCUUGAAUCAAUCCACAAAAGGAUUGGAAAAUACAAACAUGUAAUGAAGGAGGCGUCGGAUAAGUAGAAGCUAACACUAGACCUACUUUCUAUCAAUGUUUUUAUCCGGUAGGUUUAAACGAAUGUAAUGAACUCCGUCUUCACAUCAAAUAAACAAGACUUCACGUCACUUUCUGCAUACUCCC